AUGGAAAGGGUAGCUGAGUUGCAGGCAACCGCUUCUUAUGAGGGAACCCAAAAUUUCUCAAAGGAUGAAAUUGAAAGCAGAAUCUUGACUGAGGGCACUCAAAAUGGUACUUCUAGUGACAGUGGCGGAGGCGGUGCCAAUGGUGGUAACCAUUUUGUCAAUACUUCAAUUUCUAGUGCACAAUCACGCUGUGAUAUGGUCCUGUUAGACGAGGAUUUAGCAGUAAGAGAGGUCAUUGAUGACCAUUUAUUACAGGAUUUGGAUGUUUUGGAGCUGUCAACUGAUGACGAGGUGAACCAGAAAGUCAAGCAACAUUCUCUGGUUGGGAAGGCCAUAUCAGAUAAGGUAAUCAAGCUUGGGCCACUCAGGGCUAUCCUAUCAAAAGCAUGGCCACUACAUGACACUUUGGAGAUCCAUGAGUUAGAAUGCAAUGUUUUCCUAUUUGUUUUCAAGGACGAAAAUGACAAGAGGAGGGUUAUUCAACAGGGCCCUUGGUCAGUCAUGAACAAACACCUGAUGCUCAAAGAAUGGCCGGUUGAAGCAGUUUUGGAAGAAAUUGAUUUUACAACUUCUGAGUUUUGGGUCCAAGCACAUAAUCUUCUCAUGUCAUACCUGACUAAGUCAAAUGCUGAGAAAAUAGCCUCCAUGUUUCCCGAGCUGGUGGAACUCGACUUUGAUCCGCAUGAAACUUUUCGAUGGAACGACGUUCUAAGGAUGAAGGUGAAAGUGAAUAUUGAGGACCCCCUCAAAACUGGUUUCAACCUCAAAAGAAGAGAUAAGCCUUACAUAUGGGUCUCUUUUAAAUACGAGCGUCUCCCAGAUUUAUGUUUUACUUGUGGAAGGAUUGGGCACGUAGCAAAAGACUGCAUUUACAGGCUUGACGACCAGCCGAAAGAGAACUAUGGCCAUUGGAUGAAAGCUACUCAGGCUAAACAAAAGCAGUUUUCUUCAGGGAUUGGUAUGAGCUCAAGCAAGUUGCACAGACAAACAGAAGUUCCAAGGAAGGCGCGUGAGCCCCACGGUCACUUAGAGUCUCACAAACCUUUGUCCAAAGAACAUGUCCAGUCAUUGUCUAAAUCUGACAAAGAAUUAAUUGCAGCCAACUCUAUUGUGGGAACCAUUGAACCUGUUGAAAAGGAACCUCAGGCGGGAACUUCUCAUCAUACCUGUUGCUGUGAUAAUAUACAACAAAUGGAGCUGGACUCUGGGUCCAUCAAAGAUACUUGCACUUGGGCCACUAACGAGUUUGAAAUGAGCAAGGAACCAGUAUCCUUCUUAGGCAAGAGGAGUCGGCCCGCAAAAAUGGAUAUAGAUCUAGUGGUAGUGGAAGCCCUAAGUAAAAAGAGAAAGAAUGAGCUCAUCAGCCAAAUCAGCAAUUGGGUCUACGAGCACCAACCAGGCAUGUGGGAUAUAAGCCAAAUUGGUCAAGCUAGUGACAAUCAACUCUUAUGUGACCUUUUCGGUCAUAAGAAGGAUGGGCUAGAAUCUAAUUUAAUUGGCAGCUGGGAAACAUCUUGCAAAGGUAGGUCGAGCGGAAAUAGAUGUGUCCUUCGAAUCAAAAAAGCGGCUCGCAUGAAAGCACUUAUGGAAGCUAGGAGGAUAUGUGCAGAAAGGUCUGAAAUUUACCCGCAGGGACAAGACUCUACAAAGUGGAUGAUUCAUAAGACUCAAACAAUUGAAUUAGCAGAGGCCUUGGCGACAGUUGAAUGGAGUGACAUGUUUGCUAAUGCUCAAGGGUUGUAUGAGGUCAGUACUGCCUCGGAUCACUGCCCAGUCAUCCUCUGUCUGGAUAAACUCAAGAACGACAAGAGAAGGGAUUUUCGAUUCGAAACGAAGUGGUUGCUUGAUGAGGAGUGUUCGGGAAUUGUCGAAGAAGGAUGGCAGGAACCUGUUUCGGGAUUAAGGAUGUUUAAACUUGCACGGAAAAUGGCAGCCACUAGAGAGAACCUUAGAAGGAGAAGGAAUUCUAUCACAAGAAUUAAAGGUGGUGACGACAAUUGGAUCACUGAUGAGGCUGACAUCCGAAGCUACAUAACUGAGUAUUAUAAGGAAUUAUUUACUGCAGGUGAUUUGUCGUGUAUUGAUGAAGUCCUUGAUGCCAUCGACGAAGUGGUCACACCGGAAAUGAAUGAGGGGCUUAAUGCAUUAGUCGAAGUUGCUGAAAUAGAGAAAGCUGCUUUCUCCUUGGGAGCUCACAAAGCUCCGGGUCCAGAUGGUUUUCUGGGCAUCUUCUUCCAUCAGUUUUGGGAACAAGUGAAACCGCAAGUUGUCCAAGCAGUUCAAAGUUUUUUCGAAAGUGGUCACUUAUUGCGAGAUCUUAAUCGCACAAACAUAAUCCUUAUCCCCAAGCAGCAGUGUCCUGAGACCCUUGCCCACCACCGCCCUAUUGGACUAUGUAAUUUCAUCUACAAGAUUAUUUCUAAGAUUCUUGCAAACAGAGUGAAGAACAUCCUUCCCGAAAUUAUCUCUCCAACUCAGUCGGCCUUCAUUCAUGGCCGACAAAUUCAAGACAACAUCAUAGUUGCCCAUCAGGCUUUUCAUGCUCUUAAAGGAAGGUCACGUGGUCACAAUGGCUACAUGGCACUCAAACUUGAUCUUAGUAAAGCUUACGAUCGAGUUGAGUGGCCUUUCUUGGAGAAACUUUUGCACAAUUUUCUGGAUCAGUCGGUGAAUGCAGGGGAGUUAUCAAAUCAAGCCUCGGAGUCCAGGAUUUGGCAAAUGAUAGCAAAUAUUUGGGGCUUCCAAACGAUUUGGGGUAGAGGGAAAAGAGCCGCAUUACGGUUUAUCUUCGAUAAGAUUCAAUCGAAAGUUCAGGGCUGGAAGGGAAAACUUCUCUCUCAUGCGGGCAGAGAGGUCUUACUCAAAUCAGUGGCGGCGGCGGUACCAGUUUACGUAAUGCGUUGCUUCUUGCUCCCUUUAUCUUUUUGCAAAGACAUUGAUGGCAUCCUCAACAGAUUCUGGUGGACUGGCUCUGAUGAAAAUGAAAAUCGAGUUCAUUGGCUUAAAUGGGCACACCUUGCGGAACACAAGGAUCAGGGGGGCAUGGGCUUUCGUGACUUUCACAGUUUUAACUUGGCCUUGCUUGCAAAACAAAUAUGGAGGCUUCUUAAAAGACCCGAGAGCUUAUGUUUCAAAGUCCUUAAAAGUGUUUACUUUCCACAUAGCUCUUUGUUGGAGGCCAAUAAAGGUAAAAGGGGAUCAUGGGCUUGGAAAAGUUUGUAUGAAGGCAUUGAAGUCCUCCGGAAAGGCACCAGAUGGAACAUUAGCAAUGGCGAAGAAGUCUUGAUAUGGCACGAUAAAUGGAUACCAAAUUUGCCUUUCUUCAGAGUGACUUCUCAACCUCCUAAUAAGAAUAGGCUCCAUCUUGUAAGAGACUUGAUUGAUCCAGCUCGCAGGAAGUGGAAAGAAGAUGUGAUCUCUCAACUGUUUAACAGAGAUGAAGCUAAGUCUAUAGUGCAAAUUCCCAUUGGACCACCAAACAUCCAUGACAAGCUCGUUUGGCAUUUUACUAAUGAUGGGGAAUAUACAGUGAAGUCAGGUUACAGAUUUAUCCAUGGCAAAAAACAGCAGCUUAGGAGGGAAACUUCGACUUCUACCUCUCAACAAUCCAGCCUUGCCACCUGGAGAGUAUCCACCUUCAGCUACACGCCGACAAGAGAGGGAUUUGGCAGUUUCAGAAACUGGUGGGAAGAAGUCUACUCUCAUCUCGAAAGAGCCAACUUGACCAUUUCCAUCAGCCUCAUGAGUUAUCUUUGUUGGAACCUGUGGAAGGCCAGAAAUGCCUUGAUAUUUGAAGGACAGAUUGGAGACCCAAAACAAGUCUGGAUCAAUGUUCAACAUGAAUUUAAUGAAUUUACCUCUGCUACCGUCACUACUAAUUCAGCUGGUGCCCAUAUGAGGCAGAGAACUACUUGGCAGCCUCCACCUGUUGAAUUUAUCAAAAUAAAUUGUGAUGCAGCUUUUGAUUUGAAUUCUGGCAAGGCUGGUAUAGCAGCUGUUUGUAGAGACCAUAGCGGAGCAAUUGUCCAGGGAGCAUCAGGAUUAAUCCAUGUUGGCUCAAUUGAUGCAGCGGAAGCUUAUGCAGUACGACUUGCUUGUAGCCUUGUUUCACCCGUUAUGGAUGGCAGAAGGUAA